AUGGUUAAUUUAAUUGUUGUACCAAUUAGUUUUAUAGUUACUUUAAUUGUUCCCGUUUUGGGAAAUAUUAGUCCAGGAUGUUUACAUUCAGAGGGACAAUUAGAUUUGACCAGUUUUCCCGUCGGUGGGACACCGAUCAGUUGGAUUAUGUCACCGGGAUCGUCUUUGUUUGCGACACCCGAUUACUUACCGGUCACUGUGCCACCUUAUUGUGAAUCGGUGCACUUCCGGGUGCCCAGUUUCCAACGGCAUUUGAAUACAACUUUCAUCGGUAAUAAUAUACUGGUAACGGAAAAAGUGACCACAACCCAAGAAUUGGCUCGUGAUUUUGUUGGACUAAUGGGACUUGUUGUUGUUGCCGAUCAACAGACUCGAGGUAAGGCUCGAGGUGGACAAUCCUGGUCAUCACCAAGCGGAGAUGUUUACAUGUCCAUUAAUGUCAACCUAACGGAUCGUGGACUAUUCCCCCUUCUUCAAUCAAUUGCCGCUCUUUCCGUGGUCAAUUCGGUGCAUGAAAAACAGGGAGGUUAUCAAGAUAUCGAUCUGGCUUAUGUUUGGCCUAAUUCGGUUGCUUGGAACAAUCGAAAGGUUAAAUUGGCCGGUGUUAUUGUUGAACAAUCGCCUAUUGAUGAUUCUUGGUUUAUAAUUGGAAUCGGUAUUCGUCUUGGGUCAGUUUCAGGUGUGUCCACUCUUAAUUCAAUAGUUGCCGCUCAUAAUCACAUGUUUGGAACUAAAUUAGAACCAAUUACACGGGAAGAAUUGGUUGCUCGAGUUUUAAACAAUUUGGAAACUUUAGUUGAAAUGUUACAGAAAAAUCAGAAUUUAGUUCGAGAUCUAUUGGCCUCUAAUUGGGUGUCAAAGAAAAAAACUGUCCACCUUAGUUUCAACGGAAUUGUGACCGGAAUCAAUUCUAACAAUGAAUUAGUUGUCAAAGAUUCACACGGAAUUCAAGUUUUCAUUCAUCCCGAUUUACAUAUUGUCUCAGCUGAUGAUACAAUUGUUUCAUCACCAAUUAGCUAUUCAUCAGCCAAUUUAAAUUCAGUUUAUGAGGCAGAAUGA